CGUGUCUUUUCGCGCGCAGCCGAGCCGCGGCGCGCGGCGUUGCGCAGGCGAACCCCGCCAUGCUUCCGGGGGCGUGCGGUGGUGCAGCUCAACCCCGGAAUCGAUAACAUCUUGCCGGCCGAAAGACCCAAGCGGGUGGGCGCCCUCGAUCGGUAUCGUCGGAGAAGCCUCAACAGCGUGCGCAGUUCGUGGCAGCCGUCGCGCGGGCCCGUGUCCUUUCUCAGUUUCCGGCGCCCCAGUCGCGCCCUCUCUCGGUUUCCGGGGCCCGCCCCGCCCGGCGGCGCCUUCGUGCGCGGCGGCGGGCCGAGCCUCCCCCUUCGUGGCGCUGCGUUUUCAUUCCCCUGCGCAGUUGGCUGUAUUGGCCUGGCGCCCCCCCGCCCGAUGGGGCGGUCGGUGCGUCGUCGCUUCAGCACACAGACGUGGGCGCCAACGCCUCGCCGGAACGGGACCGUAGCGCCGCCCCAUUGGCCACCAGCUUAGGCCAGCCACUCAAGCAGCCCCGCGCCCCCCACAUGGGUUGUUUCUCCCCGGAACCCGGGUGUGUCUGUUUCGUGUGGCCGGCUGGCCGAGCGGCGCCAGCGGGUGUGGGCAUGGGUGGCAGCCUUCCCUUGCCGGCUGCUUGUGUGUCUGCAGACAUUGGUCGGCCGGGUACUAAAUUUUCAACUGGGUCAGAAGGCCACGCGGCAAACGUUUCAUUCUGAGUGAAUUUUGCGUAGUCUCGUUUGGUAGCUGAGCAGCGGCCGG